GCUACUAUUGAUACUAUCUAAAUCUAUGGCGUUUCCCCCGUUCGUUUGUGACUGCCGACUGGGGUUAUCAAAAAAUGUUCGCACAACACAGAGAGACGACUACGAAAUUUUCUCUCCUCGGCCCUCGCCUCCCAUACAGUCGUAUUAUAGUGGCCGUUUGUUCGUGAGUGUGCGUGUGAUAAGCUCUACGUCCAGCGGUGCACCAGUUCUAUUUUUUACAGAUCUCUACAUAUGUCCUUUACUGACUUGUGAGUAAUAAAAAUUCAUUGUUUAUAUUGUUUGAUUUUAUAUAUUUUUUUAAUUGGAAAUCGUUACACAUAAAUGCAAUAAUUUUUUAAUCACACUCGAUAAUUGGUUCCACAUUACCCGAGUCCCGACAGACCUCUUCGCGCGACAAUGUUUUAAUACCAGAGUAUGAUUAUAACAUUAAUCGCUGAUAUUUUGACGAAUCACCAGUGAAUACACACACAAGGGCAAUAACAUGUCGCAGUGCGACGUUACAGAAGCCGGUGUCCCUCUCAACUCUCCUGCUUUUCUUUCUUGGCGUAAACUUCAAUUAAGUAGAGCUAAACUCAAGGCUUCAAGCAAAACAUCUGCGCUUUUAUCAGGUUUUGCUAUGGUGGCAAUGGUUGAGAUGCAAAUUAGCGAAGACUCUACGGUACCAGAAGGAAUGCUUAUAGCAUUUGCUAUAUGUACCACCCUUUUAGUUGCUGUUCACAUGUUGGCUCUAAUGAUAAGUACAUGUAUUUUACCAAACAUUGAUGCCGUAUGUAAUCUCCAUUCGGUAAGUCUCGUACAUGAAGCUCCACAUGAACGUCUACAUUGGUAUAUAGAAACUGCGUGGGCGUUUUCAACACUUCUUGGUCUUUUAUUGUUCCUAGCUGAAAUUGCUAUAUUAUGUUGGGUUAAAUUUUAUGAUAUAUCUAAAUAUGCAGCAUGGUCUGCUGUUAUUAUGUUGAUCCCUGUCCUAGUGAUAUUUUUAGCAUUUGCAAUACACUUCUAUCAAUCUAUGGUAGCCCAUAAGUAUGAAGUGACUGUGAGUGGUAUUAGACAAUUAGAGCUUCUGAAAGAACAGAUUGAAGCUGGUGACUUAGAACGCACAAAUGGAUUGUUACUGAAUACGUCAGGCACACAAAUUGUUUGACAGUACCUUCAAGUGAGGCAAAUGUCCCAAAUAACCCUUCAGUUCUUAUAAUAAAUAUAACUUUAAUGGUGCUUUAUUAAACAAAACUUUGAAAAAUGUUCACAUGAUUUGUUACUGUGUUUGACUUAUUAUCUUGACUGUUGCCUAUACAAUUUUUUUUUACCAUUUGCCAUAAAUCUAACUUUUCCUAUAAAUUAAUCUUGUUAUUAUAAAGAUUUAAUGAAUACAAGCUACACAUAGUAUAUAUUAUAUUUUAUAUUAUUUUUCUUUAUGGAGCUCAACAUUUCCUAGACUAAUUAUAAAGUUUUAAGUUUUACAUUAAUAAACUUUUACCUAUGUUAAAUUGUAUAUAUUUUAACUUUAACAGUGUAAUAUAAUCUAUAUUACUUUGCCAAUCUGCAAAUUAAGCAUUAUCUAGUAACUUUGUUAUUAUUUUUUCCAUAUGUUACUAUUUACACUGUCAUUUAUUUGGCCUUUGAUCAAAUAUGCUACAUCAAAAUAAAGAAUGUUAUAAUUAUACUAAGUUAAAAAAGUGAAUCCUUUAGGUAUUUUAACUAUUUUAUUUUGAUGCAGUUUAUUACAGUUUUAAGAACUCUUCAGUUUGGUUUAAUAUUUUGUAUUAUAACAUAAAUUAGCCUAUUUUUAGUUUGUAUUUUUACCAUAUAUUUUUAUGUAAUUGGUAUCGAUGAAUAUUUGCCUGUCACAUAUUUUUCGUCUUCUACUCAAAAAAAAAUGUAUAGCAUUUUUUUAAUUAAACUUAUAAUAAUUGUUUUAUAUUAUUAUUAUUAUUAUUUUUUUUUUUUUGUUUUUUUUUUACCUAUACAUUGUUUUUUUUUUCAUGUGGACAUUUAUAAUAAUACUAUUUUUUUAGAUAGUUCUGUGUUAAAUUAUAUAUGCAUAAUAUAUAUAUAUAUAUAUUAAUAAGUAAAACAAUGAUUUCAACUCAUUCCAUUUGUUAAAAUUAUCCAUAACAAUUUUAUACUUGUCUCUAACGACAUUAAUGUUAAUGCUUAAUGUAUGUAAUGUAUAUGUACUUAUUAGAAUUCUGUACACUUUUCAAGAUUGUGAUGUAUUUUUGUAUACAGACGGUAAGCAAUAAUAAAUGUUAAAAUAUUUAAAUUGCUGUUUUUGCUGUGAAGAGUACAACCUUAAUCAGUUAAUCGAUACAUGAUAUUAUGAUGCAAUAUUAAUAACACUUUAUGAAAUAGUUUUCUUUCCAUUUUUUUAUAAUAAACAAUUGUUUAGUGCGUUUAAAUACAGAGUGAUCAAUUUAA